CCCAAUGAGGGCGGGCGGUGCGUGGCUGGAUCUGUGGCAGCGGGUUGCUAGGCGACCGGGAGCGCCGCUGCCUUGGCCGUAGGAGGCCGCGAACUGCGAGGCCCCGGCGGGGCCCGGCUCGACCAUGGCUUCGCUGCGCAGCGCGGACCCUGCGCUCCGGGCGUACUUCAAGCGCCACAGGCUCCUCGAUGUCUACGAGACUCUACUAUGUGGCGUAUUUAUUGUGUGUCCAGAGGAUCCACUUAAGUUUUUAGAAGAAAAGAUCAGAGAAAUAAUGGAGAAGGAACUGGAUGGUAUUUUAUGGGAUACAUGUAUUGAUUCAUCCUUCAGGCCAAAAUUAAAGAGGAUUUCAGAAACAUAUUUGCACAUCCUUUUUGGACUAAAUGAUGAACAGCUGAUGACUGAAGAGUUAUGUGGCAAAGCAUGGAACUUUUACAGCAAAAACUUAAAGAAACUGUACUUUCAUGAAUGGAUGCAAUAUUGUCUGUUGCAAAAAAACAGUAGAGAACUUAUAAAGCAGAAGAUGGCUGUUGCAGCAGACCAUUAUGACACCAGAAUAACGAGAGUAGUAGUACAGAAGUGGAGAGCUUGGGCACAGUUUCGCAAGGAACAAAUAGUAUUGGCAGCAAUGAGGAUACAAAAGGUCUUUAAUGACAAUUUGUGCAGAACUAUCCUAAGGGCGUGGCAUGCAGAGGCUCAGAGUUCGGCAAAAACAAAAGCAUAUUUUGAGCGUUUGGUAAAAGGAGACCAGGAAGAAUAUUUUGAUAAACAGGAUGAUGUACAAUAUUCUUCUACCUCAGAAACAGUCAAAGAUGAAAUAUCAAAUAUACCUGAAAGAGCAAUCCUACAGAUCUUCCAUUAUAUCAACUUAAUUGAUCUGGCAAGAUGUGCUCAAGUUAGCCGAACCUGGAUGUUGCUAACACAGGCUAGUUCAAUAUGGACUGAUAUUGAUUUUUCUUCAGUAAAGCACAAGAUGCAGGACAAAACAGUAAUAAAUAUUCUGAAGAAAUGGCGUCCUUAUGUGGUACGUUUGAAUCUUCGUGGUUGUUCUCUUCACUGGCCAAGCUUUAAAAGUAUUAGUGAAUGUAAAAAUUUGCAAGACUUGAAUGUCUCUGAAUGCCAGGGAUUAAAUGAUGAAUCAAUGAGACUUAUAUCAGAAGGUUGUCCAGCUCUUCUCUAUUUAAAUCUGUCAUACACAGAUAUUACUAAUGGAACACUAAAACUGUUAUCAAGGAGCUUCUCCAAUUUACAAUAUCUGAGUUUAGCUUACUGCAGAAAAUUCACAGACAAAGGUUUACAGUACCUGGGAUCUGGGAAAGGAUGUCACAAGCUCAUCUAUUUAGACCUUUCAGGUUGCAUUCAGAUCUCUGUUGAUGGCUUCAGAUAUAUUGCUAACAGCUGCAGUGGGAUUAAGCACUUGGUAAUCAAUGAUAUGCCAACUCUUACAGACAAAUGUAUUCAAGCUUUAGUUGAAAAAUGCCAACAGAUUAUGUCUGUUGUUUUUCUGGACUCUCCACAUCUUUCUGAUGUAGCUUUUAAAGCCCUUGCUGAAUGUAAACUUGUCAAGGUCAGAAUUGAAGGGAAUAAUCGGAUUACUGAUUUAAGUUUCCAGUUGAUGAGCAAAUCCUGCCCACAAAUUAAGCACAUUUAUAUGGCUGAUUGCCAGAAGAUUACAGAUGUCAGUCUUAAGACAAUUUCUCCGUUGAAGUAUAUUCUUGUAUUGAAUUUAGCAGACUGUGUAAGAAUCAGUGAUGCAGGUUUACGUCCAUUUUUAGAAGGAUCUUCAGGGACAAAGCUAAGAGAACUGAACUUCACUAACUGUAUCCAUGUCACUGAUGCCUCUCUCAUGAAAAUAGCCCAAAGCAAGUCAUGUCCCCAAAUCUUACUGAAACUGAAUGGGAGCUGGGUGCCUGAUUUCUUAGGCUACCUUGAAAAUCCCAGCCAAAGGUGCCAUAAUCUGACCUACCUGAAUAUUCGUUACUGUGAAAGUGUGACUGAUGCUGGGAUUGAGGCACUGGGAAACAUGACCUCAUUGAUGUCUAUUGAUAUUUCUGGAACCACUGUCUCAGAUAUGAGCUUGGCAGCCCUGGCCCACACUAGAAGAAUGAAGGAACUUUCUGUAUCUGAAUGUAGGAAGAUCACUGAUAUGGGAAUUCAGAGGUUCUGCCAGGAUGCAAAAGAUCUACAAUACUGUGAUGUCUCUUACUGCUUUCAGCUGACAAAUGAAACUGUCAAAGCUUUUGCCUUUAACUGCCACCAACUUACAUCCCUCAACAUAGCUGGUUGCCACAAGAUGACGGAUUUAUGUAUUCAGUAUUUGUCUGGAGUCUGCCAUUAUCUCCACUUCUUGGAUAUCUCAGGCUGUGUACGUCUUACUGACAAAACACUAAAAUACCUUUCGAAAGGUUGUACGCAACUCCGGAUUCUUAAGAUGCUGUACUGCAGAAAUAUUACCAAACAAGCUGUUUUGAAAUAUUCAGCCAAGCUAGAGAAGCACGAAUAUAAUGAUGCCGACCCGCCUUCAUGGCUUGGGUAUGAUCGCGGUGGAGGUGUACUCCCCCACAACAAGAAACCCAAAACAGGACCUGAAAAAGCUAAAGCCUUGUACCGGAAUGAAAACAAAGAAGCUGCAUAACAUCUUCUGUGUUUCAAGUUUUCUUCAGCAGAGAGUGUAAAAAUGAAAUGGCAAGUUCCUGUUUCUAAAAUAGUCAUUUAAUAAAGCAGAUUUUCAAGUUGAA